GGAAUCAGUUGGUCAAGAAGGUAGAUGAAGUGUUGGGAAAGAUGGCAAGAGAACCAUCAAUUCUCAGCCAAGAUGAAGAAAUAUUUGGAUCAGAGGAUUUUUUGAAUGCCAUAGCUCAAAUUGAGAAGGAACUGAUAGAGGCAAAUGAAGCGGAAAAAAAGAAAAUAGGAAAUGAGAAGGAAUAUGAUAUAAGGAAGGCAUUCAGUUUGGGUUGCAACUUAACUCCCCCAACUCCAACAACUGAAGCACAGAUUAAUGUUGCAGCCACAACUUCAACAACAACUGAUGCAAAUGUUUCUUCUAAGCCAGAAGAGGAAAGAGUUGGAGGUUCAAAUUCUGAAGAACCACAAGAUGGAGGAAAUUCAAAAAAAGGUAAAAAGUUCACUUAUAUAGUAUUAAAUGAAUAUUUGUGAUUGUAAGAUAUUCUUCUUUAAUGAUACUAAGUCUAUAUAUGUGUGAAUGCAAAUUAAUACAAAAAGCAUUAAACAAAGGUGAAGGUUCAAAAUCUGAAGCAUUAGAAGAAAAUGUUGAAGGAAAUUCAAAGAGUGGUACAAUGUUCACAUAUUACAAAUAAAUGAUCAAAUUAUUAAGUAUAAUGUUCAUUUCUAGUUAUAUUAAAUUUUUUUCAUGUAUUUUGUUUGCAGCAUCUGAUUCAAAAGUUGGUGAUCCCAAGACACCAACUGAAAAUAGGGAAGCUGCUGGAGAUAUUUCUACAAUCUUGAA